AUGGCGUUGGAAAUCAUUAGCAAGCGGAUUGGAGGUAUCCGCUUGAUCGGGCCCCUUGACGAGACUGCUGAUGAAAUGGAUCGCCAGGCACGAGUCCUUUGGGAGCACUGUGGUGGCAACAAGGACAAUUUCUCCUCGGGCUCCUUGAAAUAUUUUGAGUGUGGAGAGCUCGAUUAUCUCGUUCCAGACAUGUAUUCCGUCGACUCCUACUGUGGCUGCCCUUGGUGCCGGGGAUGA